AUGGAGAGCAAUAUUUUGAAAUAUGUGGAUGAUCUCCAGGCAGAUGCAGACAAAUAUCUCGAUGCGAAAGAGAGAUUAGAGAAGCGAUUGGACAGGCCAGUUCUCAUAUCUCUUCACUUCGUAUAUAGGGAUGAAAUGCCCGCCGAGGCGGAAGAAAUCGCAUCUAAACACGGCCUGGCUCCCUAUACCCAUAUGGAAUCGGAGUUGGAAUGUUUUCCCUGGAACUUGAGUACCAUAUUUGGAACCCAUAAUGAAGCAACUCCUGAUCAAUUAAUACCCUUGUUUAGGACUCGAAGAGAAAAUACUUUGCGCGGCCCUCGAAUGGCGAAUCUCUACCCGCGGUAUGGUGACGAUGGCAAGCCCGUUGAUUUUCAUUUCCUAGAGAACUAUCACCAUCGAACGAUCGAGCGUUCGAACUGGACACCUUGGGAGAGCGAGACAGUAUGGUGGCCGAAUAUCGUCGUUCGCCUCGGAGAGGUAUAUAAUGUCAUGAACAAGAUCGGCGAGAACAGCCCGAUUGGCGAGAUGAAGUUCUUUGGCUUUCUAUCUCGGCCAUAUAUUCACCUUCAAGAGUAUUGGAUUCUGAUCCACGACAAGAGUGUCGGCGUACCUGAAGGUAUCGAGACGUCUCAAUAUUGGGACGAAGAGUUGGGAGACAUCGACGAGGCAUAUGAGAGUCAAGAACUCUAUAUAAAAGAAGCAAUAGACAUUUACGAGCAGCGAAUGGGGCGGGACGCGAUCAUGAAGACCCCUGAAGACCUCGUUGCAGUUGACGAUGUGGAGACGCUCAGCGAUCGCGACAAACGGAGACUCCGAAAAGUAGCCCAAUGUCUGAGGAAUUGGGGCGCCCGCGUCCCAGUUAUACCUCGCGUCGUGAGAUGGGCUGUCCAGGGCGAAAGGAAUCAUAAUAUGCCUCCUACUAUCUUCGAAAUUGUCGAUCAACUGAACCCGGAACGGUCUUGCAAUCAUAUAGGACCAAGGACAUUCCCCGACAUCACAUUCCAUUGA